AUGCCUUCGAACGCGCCGCAGGAUGGCAAGUCGAGGCAAUCAUCGGGCGGGAAGGGCUUUUUUGGCAAGAGACUGCACAAGGAGAAGCAGCCCGCAGCCGAAGGACAUCUCUAUCCCAGCGCCCCAAGCCAACCCCCCAGCCAGCCCGGCUCGCAAUCCUCGAGACAUUCGCAUAGGGCCUCAGUUGCAUCGAUAGAGCGGCCAAUAUCCAUGGGGCCGGAUUCGUCGGGGCUCUCUAUGACAGCAGGCGUCAUAACCUCGAUUCCCUAUGACAACAUGAUGGACAGUCGUUCACCCGUUCCCGUGGAGUAUCUACCCAAUGACGACCCAAGAGCCGCCCGACGAGCAGAGCCUCUGCCACACCAUCUGAACAAGGGAGGAGGAGACUUUCACCAAUACCCUGUAUUUGAUCCCUCUCGUCCUCCUACCAAUGGCUCGUCUAGCUCAGGUCCACCUCGACCACCGCCGCAUGGGUCCGGCACUACCAUAACCACCAGCCAGCCUGGCGAUCGAGGAGUUUCGGUGCAACAAUGGGGGUCCGCGGGCCGGGGGAGUACCGCCAACGGAUCCAACAGCCAGCAUAAUCUGCAGUCGUACCAAUCCUACGUAACCGACUCGUCGAACAACACCACGCGCACGUCCUCGGAUCAGGCCAGCAUUUACUCUACCGAUUCAAAGCACCGCGACCAUCGCCUCUCUAACAUGUUUUCGUAUUCUGAUAACCGCUCGCAAAGCACCUUCUCCACGCUUGGUCUCGACAACCAAACCCUCCUCCCUACCGCCGGUGCUAUGGGCAUACACAUGAACGCGAAAGGAUCACACCAACAUCUCUCGUCCAACCACCCGUCCGCCUUUUCAUCGACCGCGUCGUUUGCACCGGAGAGCUUCAACCUGCAAAGACCACCAGACCAUGUUAUAGAGAAAGAGUUCAUGAACUUGAUGGUAAAACGCGGCUGGAAAAGCUUACCGGAGCAGGCUAGACGGCAGAUGGAAGCGUACAAGAUUGACAAGAAGUGGACCCUCGUGUAUCAAGAUAAACUUGCUGAAUACCAACACGAGCAAAAGAAGAGGCAGACGCAACGUACAACAUACACUGGAUCUGAUGCAAUGGGAGGCAUACUUAGCCGCGCAGAAGAAGAGGGAAGCCCCGAGUGGUAUGUGCGGAGAGUCAUGGACAAUUCAAUCUCAGCGAAGCAACUCCAGAGUCUUUCUGUUAGUCUAAGAACACAGCCGAUUGCAUGGGUCAAGGCGUUUGUAGAAGCACAGGGCCAAAUUGCACUCACGAAUGUGUUGGGCAAGAUCAACCGCAGACAAGGCCAGGGCCCAGCGCCACCGAUGAGGGAUCAAUCAUCGCCGGAUAAGGACCUGGAUAGGGAGUACGACAUCGUCAAGUGUUUGAAAGCGCUCAUGAACAACAAAUAUGGCGCCGAUAAUGCCCUCUCGCACUCGCAGAUUGUCAUGGCCUUGGCUGGAUCAUUAAUAUCGCCACGCCUAAAUACACGGAGGCUGGUUUCUGAAGUUCUCACCUUUUUAUGUCACUGGGCAGACGGUCAGGGGCACAUGAAGGUGCUCCAAGCGCUGGACCACCUGAAAACGCAGCAAAACGAGAAUGGCCGAUUCGAUGCAUGGAUGCGGAUUGUGGAGGUCACGAUCGAUGGUCGUGGAAAGAUGGGAUCCUUGGUCGGCGCCUCAGACGAAGUCCGCAGCGGUGGCAUUGGAAUGGAGAACCUUCUCAUGGAAUACGCUGUCGCUUCAAUGUUCCUCAUCAACAUGAUUGUCGACGCUCCUGAAAGGGAGCUUCAAUUACGGAUGCAUAUACGAUCACAAUUCAGGACAUGUGGCAUCCAGCGUAUUUUGACCAAGAUGGAAGGGUUUCAAUACGAGGUCAUCGACAAGCAGAUUGAGCGUUACAGGACAAACGAAGCUAUCGACUAUGAAGAUUUCCUUGAUACGGAGAAGAACUCGAUGGUCGAUAGCGUUGAGGGCGAGGUCAAAGAUAUGAACGACCCUUCGCAGAUUAUCGAUGCUAUUAUGAGCAAGAUUCAGGGCAGCAAGACCGAAGACUACUUUGUCUCCGCACUGCAGCAUCUUCUCCUGAUACGGGAUAACGAAGGGGAAGAACGGUUACGCAUGUUCCAGCUUGUCGAAUCUAUGUUAAGCUAUGUGGCCAUGGACCGCCGGCUACCAGAUAUGGACCUCAAACAGAGUCUUAAUUUCUCCGUUCAGAGUCUGUUGGAUAGAUUAUAUACCGAUAGCGAAGCUCGCCAAACGCACCAUGAGGCUCUCGAGGCUCGUCAAAUCGCAGACUCGGCCAUUGCGGAACGCGAUGAAAUGAAAGCACAGCUCGAGCUUGGUGCUGAUGGUGUCGUGGCAAAAUUACAACGACAGCUCGAAGAGCAGGCGUCCAUUAUCGAGUUGCGAGGCAGGCAAGUUGAAGCCAUGAAGGCUGAAUUAGCUGAAAUUCAACGGAUACGGGCACAAGAAUUGCAACGCAAUGAGCUAGAGACUCGCGAGCUCUAUCUCAUGCUUCGCGAUGCUCAAGAUAUUGCUGCGUCUGCUUCGAAGAAGGGUGGCAAAGAAGCCCUCGGCGCCACCGAUCCUACUCAAAUGCAAGGUAUUCUGGACCGUGAGAAGAUGAUGGGCAGACUCGAAAUCCAGCUGCAAAGGGCGAAGACGCAAGCACAGCUUGAGGGCAAGAACAUGAACCAAGUCACGCCGUCCGAGAAGCUUCGAGAACUCAGAGAACGGAUGGAGGGCGAGAGUAGUGGACAAGCUCAGGAUUACAGCCACUUUAGCAACGCAUAUAUGGGUUCUGUCACACGCCAGAAAAGUGCCAUGCCAAGGAGGAAGCCAAUCGGUGGAGACUCCUCGGUCGAAGAAGAUGGCAGGAUGCCUGAAGUCAACGAGGAUGAGGAGGAUGCGGUCAUCGAAAAACCGAGACUUGUGGAAAUGAGAAGGCCGAAGAUGAACCCACAACAAGCUACUGGCCUCCUCGGCGAGAUCGCCAACAAGGUCAAGAGAUAUGAUGAGAGUGACGAUGAGGAAGGGGAUGGUGUCACGACCGGUCCUUCGCAUCCAAGUCUCGAGUCCGACCCCCAGACGCCUGCGGAUGCCGAUAAGGCUGAUGAGAUACCACCCAAAACAGAUGCUUCAGCGAUACCUCCACCUCCUCCUCCACCCCCUGGGAUGCUUGGGUUUCCCGCUGGUCCUCCCGGAAUACCUCCCCCCCCGCCUAUGCCCGGAUCUAAUAAUAAUGCUAAUAUCCCCCCUCCUCCACCUCCACCUCCUGGAAUGCUGGGCUUCCCUGGUGGCCCUCCUGGUAUUCCACCUCCACCACCAAUGCCUGGUAUGGGCAUUCCCCCUCCACCACCAAUGCCCGGUAUGGGUAUCCCGCCUCCUCCGCCAAUGCCUGGUCAGAUGGACGGCUCUAUGCCUCCUCCUCCGCCACCUGGAGGGUUUGUUCCUGGCGCACCGCCAAUGCCAGGUGCAAGGCGUGGUGGGUUCAUGCCACACCAGAACCAGUUCAACGCCGCGCCAUCAAUUGGUCUUUCAGUUGCGCGUCCGAAGAAGAAGCUCAAGGCUCUCCAUUGGGAGAAGGUCGAUGCACCACAAACCACCAUUUGGGCCAACCACGCGCCGACGCAUGAAGAGAAGGAGGAGAAGUACCGUGAACUGAGCAAUAAGGGUGUUCUUGACGAAGUUGAGAAGCUGUUUUUGGCGAAAGAGAUUAAGGCCAUUGGCAAGAAGACCUCCAAGAAGGACGAGAAGAAGCAGAUUAUAUCCCGCGAUCUCAUGCAAAAUUUCCAGAUCAGCAUGUCCAAAUUCAGCACACUGUCUGUUGAUGAGAUCGUGCGUAGUAUCAUUCACUGCGACAAGGAACUGCUGGACAACACCGUCGUCAUGGAGUUCAUGCAAAAGCCCGACUUCUGUGACAUCCCUGAUAACACUGCCAAGCUCAUGGCACCGUAUUCUAAAGACUGGUCUGGUCCGAAUGCUGUGGACAGCAAGAGAGAGCAGGAUCCGAACGAGUUGACGCGCGAGGACCAGAUCUAUCUCUACACUGCUUUCGAGCUGCAUCACUACUGGAAGAGUAGGAUGAGGGCGCUUACACUCACUCGUACUUUCGAAGCCGACUACGAUGAGAUUGCAAGGAAAUUGCAAGAGGUCGUCCGGGUCUCGGAAUCAUUGCGCGACUCGACAUCUUUGAUAUCGGUUCUAGGGCUUAUCCUUGACAUUGGUAACUUCAUGAACGACGCCAACAAGCAAGCCAACGGUUUCAAGCUCUCUACGCUAUCUAGGUUAGGUAUGCUAAAGGACGACAAGAACGAGAGCACAUUCGCCGAUGUAGUCGAGCGUGUUGUCAGGAACCAGUAUCCAGGCUGGGAAGGCUUCGCGGAGGAGAUUGGCGGCGUCAUCACUGCCCAAAAACUCAACGUCGAACAGCUCCAGCUCGACGCUAAGAAGUACAUCGACACCAUCAAGAACGUGCAGAUGUCGCUUGACUCUGGCAACUUGUCUGACCCAAGCAAAUUCCAUCCCGAGGAUAGGGUGAGCAUUGUCGUGCAAAGAAGCAUGAAGGAUGCGAGGAGGAAAGCGGAGCAGAUGCAGUUGUUCCUUGAGGAGAUGACCAAGACAUAUGACGAUAUCAUGGCGUUCUAUGGCGAGGAUCCGACAGAUGACAAUGCGCGGAGAGACUUCUUUGCGAAGUUGGCGGCGUUCGUUCAAGAGUGGAAGAAAUCCCGCGAAAAGAACAUCGCUCUCGAAGACCAACACCGCAGGAACGAAGCCUCCAUGCGCCGCAAGCAAAUCAACCCGGCGCUCGCCAACACGGCCACGGCCUCCUCUGCAGACGGCACGCCCCCCUCCCCAGCCUCCACCGGCGCCAUGGACACCCUCCUCGAGAAGCUCCGCGCCGCCGCCCCGCAGGCCCGCGACCAGCGCGACCGCCGCCGGCGCGCCCGCCUCAAGGACCGACACCAGGUACGGGUUGCCUCGGGCCAAAAGAUCCCAGACGUCGGCCCUGGCUCCGACGACGGCGGCGACGCCGAGCCAAGCAAUGUUGGUCUGCUGAGCCCCAAGUCGGAGGGUGACUCGGACGGGCCUACCCUCGUCAGCCCGACAGAUGCUGAGCAAGACGUUGCGGACCGUGCGGCGAGUAUGCUGCAGGGCCUCCGCGGCGACGGGGACGAUGGUGUCGCGCGCGAUGACAGUCUGAGAGUCCGACGACGACGAGAGAGCGCAGAUACUGAGCGGAACCAGAGGAGAAGGAGACGGCAAGCGGCUGGGAGUAGUGAUGAUAGAGCUGGCGUGGCUAGCCCGCCUCCGAUUAUGGAAGAGGGAGAGGAUGGGGAGGGCGCGGGGAGUCGGGACCGUGAUAGCGGUGGGAGUGGGGGAAGUGCACCUGUCACGAUUAUUCAUCCGCCUAGUCCGGAGCAGGAGGGGCGGCGGUUGCCUACUCCCCCUGGAGACUCAUGA